AUGGCGGCGCGCGGCUGGCGCCUGGCGCGGACGCGGCUGCCCGUGGGCGCGAGCGCGCUGUGCGCGCUGCUGCUGUGCGGCCUCUACGUGCUGCCCGCCGGCCGCGCGCCGCGCCAGCAGGACAUCAUCCGCGCCGUGCUGCGCCGCCGCGCCGCCUGGGCGCCCAACCGCACCGCCGCGCGCGCCUUCAGGAAGCAGAUGGAGGAGUGCUGCGACCCCGCGCACCUGUUCGCCAUGACCAAGCUCAACUCGCCCAUGGGCACGAGCAUGUGGUACGACGGCGAGCUCCUCCACUCCUUCACCAUCGACAGCUCCACCUACGCCCUCUUCCCCCAG